UACAUUGCGAUCGUCCUGCUGUUAUCUAGACUCCUUGUUGCAAGUUUAUAAUCGUAUAAAUUAUUAAAUAUUGAAAAGUAUGAAAUAAUUGUUCUUCCUUAUAGACGUAAAGUAAUAAAGAAAUAAAAUAAUAAUUCAUGGUGUAUCUAAAGUCGUCCGAUAAAAUGUUCAAUCAGCAACAAUUACGUUUAGAGUCGAUUGACAAUUAUUUUGCACCAUUUUUAAAUAGCGUUUUAAAUAAAGAUAGGUUAGGAGCAGGAUGGGAUGUAAUAGAAUUGAAGACAAUAUUUUCUAGUUGUGGUAAAACGGAAGGAGAUAGUUUUAAAUUAUCAAUACCUUAUGCCAGCCACAAUCUUGUUUGGAAUGUAUUAUUUGAUAGUCAAUAUCCAGAAUUGGGUCCUGAUUUUAUAUUCUCUGAUGAGACUUUUUUAACUGAUCCAGAUAUUGAUACUUUAUCGAUAUCCGUACCUAGUCUCGCUCAAUGGGAUUGUAAAAAUAGUAAUGCAUUGCUACAAGUUAUCAUUGAACUCUUAUCCUUUUAUAAGAAACAUCAAAUACAGUUAUUGGAAAAGCACGACCGUUUAAAAUUAGAAUAUUCUAUGUUAUUAGAUACAAUAUCACCAGAUGAUAUUGAAGUUACUUUACUACCAAUGAGUAUAAAACCAGUUGAAGCUUGUUUUUCUAUACGCUUAGAUAUAGAUUUUUCUCAGUUACCUGCUCGAGCAAAUCAAUCUAAAAAUGAUGCUGCUAAGCUUGUUGUUACAUUUUGCGGAUCAGAUUGGAAUUGCAUAGUACCAAAUCUGUAUUUAUCUAAAAAUUUAGAAGAAACAUUUUCUGGUGCAUUUUCGUUGCAUAUACCUCAGUUUUUAUCUAGUAAUUAUUUAAGGGCUUAUAUACCAAAAAUAAAAGAACUUAUUAUGGAUAAGAUAAAUAUGAUCAAUCAGUAUUACGAAUGUAGAAAACAAUUUGUAUCCACUUUACUUUUAUUACAAAGGGACUCUAUUAUAGAGUAUGAUGCUAUGGCAUUUCAAGAUAUUACAAUACUUUUAGAGCAUAGAGAUUUUUACUUUCUGGUAUACUUUCAUCUUCCUUUGAUGUUUCCCAAGGAAAAACCGUCUAUAACAUUGCAAUCUGUUUAUCAUAUGACACCAAAUGGUACUUUGUAUCAUGAACAAUUAGACAAUUUUAAUUGGUCAACGAUAACAAAUAUUCAUCGUUGGAAUUCACGACAAGUGGUUUGUAAAAUAUUGUCACAUAUUAUAGAGAAGGAAGUUCCUAAGUUUCAAGAAAAGUCUAUUAAAAAUCGAUUUUAAUUCAUUGUUUCAUCAAAUAUAUAUUCACAUUAAGAUUUCACGAUUUGUUAUAUUUGUAUAAUAGUUAAUAUUUAUUCUCUCUAAUUAAAUAAUAUUUUAUUCAUUUUAAAUGUGAUAUUUAAUCUUACUUGUAAUGUCAUUUUUUAUUUAUUUCAAUUAAGUAAUUAAACCUUUCAAAUAAUAAAUUACAUUUAAACUUUGUUAUUGUUUGACGUUUGAAGCAGUAUCACUCGAAAAUUUGUAUUGUCAUAAAUUAUAUAUUGUUAUGCGAUAUAUAUAAUACAUUAAUGACAAAUGACAAGAAGUAUCGUUGCUCUUAUGAAUUAUUGUACCUUGUUAUAAUAAAAUUUUGAUUUUGAAACAA